AUGGAGAAUGAUAAAAAACUGGUUUUGAAGCACCUUCACGAAAAAUUGCCUGGUGUAAUUGCGUCAGACGCAAGUGCCUCUGUAAUAAAGAUCUGGAAGGUAUUGUGUUCAAAAACAUCUUUUACAUGAUACAAGGAUAGAGUCGUGCAUUUAACGGGUUAAAUAAAUGAUAUUGCAUAUCAGUCAAUGCAUACAUUAUCUGUAUAUAUUUAUCUGCAUCGUUUAUGUGCAUUAUUAGGAUUUUGGCAAUCUAUACACAAUGAUUGAGACAAGAGGUGCAAGCGAUGAAUUUAUCACAGACUACUUUGAACAGGUAUAUUAUUGUAUGUUGUAUAUAACGAAGUUAGAAAUUAAAUCUAAAAACAUAUUUCUGUACAGUUUACCAAUAGGUAAUUUUUAAACUUUUUAAUAUUUUAAUUAAAGGCUAAGAAGUGGAUACCACUUUUCAACACAAUUCAAGGUGCUGGAGGGAUUUGUGAUGGAUAUGCGAAGGCAAAUGUUACCCCUUCCAUGCAUUGUAUGGUGUACCAUGUACCAAGCUUUAUGCGAAUGCAUGGUGGAAUGAAAAAAUUUACAGGGCAAGGUGAGCUUAUUAAAUUAUAUAAGUUUGUCUUUGCCUGCUAGUAUAGAUGACUGCCAACUCCAAUGCCCAUAAUCUUGUUCAGGGAUGAUGAUAUGGGCAGUUCAUGUUUAAAAUAACACAAUCCUGACCCACAAUUACAAAUAUUUUCAUUUCCCUUGUAGUAUAGUGGCUAUAUGUAACAUAAUUAUGUACAUGCAGGUAUUGAGAAAAACAACGACAACUGCCGAAGGAUCCAUUUGGGUAAAUCAAACAAAUGCGAUGCUGCAGGAAAUGUUCUACGAGUGAUGAAGAGAAUGACAACACUUAGUGCACCAAGGGAAUACAACAAGAGGAAAUCUGUUUACUGGGAUAGUGAGCUUAAUGAAAAGCGGAAGAAGCAAAAAUGUCAAUUGCAACAGAGUUGUAAGGAUGCUUCAAGCAGCCAAGUUUAUGUUGCAAACACAAUGUCAGCAGAUGAACUACGAGAGGGGCUGAAAAGAUUUGGCAUUCAAACUCGAGUCAGGAAGUUUACCCAUCUACACGAAAUGUACAGACAAGCGCUAAAAAAUCAGUAA